UACCAAUUUUCAAAUCUUGUGAAAGCUGACUGCAUCAUCUACUAGUACCACCGGGUUGAUUCCGCUGAAUCCAAACCAGAUGUUGGUAAAAUCAGUCAGGUGACCUUAAACGUCCAAGCGCGAGGGCGUGUUGUUUCUUGUGUCUUUCAUGCUUCUUUCGUGUAUGUGUAUUGACCUCUCGGUAGAGACACAAGUCUGCAACAAUGCCGGGGCCUAAUGCCGGGUUAAAAGUUCAGGAUCUCUCCCCCGAGAUAUUUGGACUAGUGAUAUCAUUCCUGCCAAACCGAGACAUCAAGAAUCUUCGUCUGUCAAGCAAGAUAUUGAAUGAGAGGGCCCAUCUUCGCCUGAGAAGAGUUUUCUUAUCUGCCAAUCCGCGUAAUAUCGAAGUUUUCCGCGCAAUUGCUGAUGAUGAAGAAUUCCGCCAUCAUAUCGUCGAGGUCAUCUGGGACGAUGUACAAUUAGUGGACCAUAUUCCUGAACGGGGAGAGGGUAUGUGGAAUUUGGAUCGACCUCUACCUCCAGAAGGUGUCCCCGCCUGGUUCGACCAAGUUUGCUGGUGGAACACCGAGCAGUUUUUAGGAAAUCAACGCAGACACCCUGAUUUACCAAUCGAAGAAUCGUGGGCUUACCAUCAGCAACUGCUACAGCAACAACAAGAUGUGCUGGCCUCUGAGGCGGAUGUUGAGGCGUUCAGAUAUGGCCUACAGCGCUUUCCAGCAUUGCGAAGGAUUGUUAUUACACCUGCAGCCCACGGAAUUCUAGAUCACCCGCUCUACGAGACUCCAAUGAUUCGUGCAUUCCCACCUGGUUUGAACUACCCAAUUCUCCAUGCUUACCCACGUUUGGAUGAUUUUGAUUAUUCAAAUCUUCACAUUUGGCCACUUCCGGAAAAGGGCCUUAUACCCUAUAUUGUGCCGCCGUGGAAUCAAGAGGGAGAAAGACUUAAAUGGCGGGCCUUCUGCCUUCUAACUCGCGAACUCGCAGAAAUACGCGAUCACGAAAUCUUAGAGCUGGUGAUCGACCCUCAUAUACUCGAGACUGGGUUAAAUUGCCGUAUCUUUGACGGACCUUGCGAAGAAUAUAAUAACCUUGUGACAUUACUCCGACGACCAGGAUUUGAACGUAUUGAUCUGGCACUGACUUGCAAUGGGCAAUAUUACAACGAUCAAAGGUGGUCAUCCUUUCGCAACGGCCACCUCCUAUAUGCCCUCAGCCAGGCAUUAGACCUCAAACAUGUCAGCCUGCAGACUCAGAUUGAUUAUAGUCAGGUCGAGGGUGAUGGCUUUCCUCAAAGUAUGCAGUUUGCUCAGCAUUUUGUCCCAUUACAAACAAUUAUGCCUAUCAAAAAAUGGCAGAAACUGCGCCAUUUUGGUCUUUCUGGGUUUCUUGUUCAAUCAGAUGAUUUGAUAUCUGCUCUUUCUGCGCUGCCAACAACAUUACGAUCUAUCGAACUCAGUUUCUUGUCCUUCACGGGUGAAAGAGGCAACUGGCACGACUUAUUUACAGACAUGCGCAGCAUGCUAGACUGGCGUGAGCGUCCUACAGGCGAAAGACCACUCCUAAAAGUUCAUGUCCCAACUGUUGGGAUAAUGCGGUAUUGCUGUUUAGACAGGGCUGCCAACGACUUUUUCUACGGUGAAGGGGCGAAUCCAUUUGCUGAUUACGGCCAUCGGCUUGACCCAUUUCCCGGGAAAGGCAUUGAUAGAGACCCAUACCCGUUCAUAUCAACCGAUAUGGUGGUAGAAACGCUCGACUGAAAAUUAUCUUCCCUAUCCGAUAACUGUUACCUGGAGCAGAAACUGUGGCUCUAGCGGCUGUUGCGACUAAGGGCCUACCUACUGCA